CCACCAAGCCCGCGCUGAUGUGCUGUGCGAGAGGCUGGAAAUGGAAGUGUUGAUGUUCUGGCUUUUCCCCUGGAUAUUUCAGUGCGUUUCGGUGCGGGCGGACUCCAUCAUCCACAUUGGUGCCAUUUUCGAAGGCAAUGCCGCCAAGGACGACGAGGUGUUCAAGCAGGCCGUGUCGGAUCUGAACCUCAAUGACGACAUCCUCCAGAGCGAGAAGAUCACCUACUCCAUCAAGCUCAUAGAAGCCAACAACCCUUUCCAUGCGGUGCAGGAAGCAAGAAUUGAGGUUUGCGGGGAAUCCCACUGGCAAGCCAAGUUUCCCGUGGCGGUGAGGCUGUCCUGUGGGACCGUGUCGCCCUCCUGCCCUUUGAGGGGUCUGUCAUCUCCCCCGUCCCUCAACGCACGCCGUGGCUCGUCUGCACGAUGGCUCUGCGAGCAGCUCUCCGCUUGGAGGAGGCCCGUGCUCCAUGUGCUGCUGCUUCCUGGCCCGCUCCUGCCUCCGGGGCAGAGGCUGCUCUUGUGCCCGGCCUCCAAGCAGAGGGGGCUACCAGAGGCGGAGACCUGCCGUGUUCCCCCGCGGAGAGGCCUGCUCGCGGGCGGGGAGCGCCUGCUCUCCAAGCGCAGCAGCAAAUCUCUUGGCAUUGUCUCUACCUCCUACCUGAAGUUUAACUUGAACUCUGGUUGUGCCUUUGAGAAAAAGCACAAGCAGUUUACUCCUCCGUGUGACGUGCAUCAGUUGCAUAAGCGGUGCCAGGGCCAGGCAGAGCCCUGCGCCCUGCGGCAGGGCGCCCGGGAGCCGGGAGGCCCCGGCAGGAUCCGCAGCGUCGCAGUGCGCGUGAGCCUGGUGCGACAAGGCGAGCGCCCGUGUGGGCACUGCCGCUAG